GAAAAUUGAAAAAAAUAAAAUUUCAAAACAUCCCUUGAAUUGAUGGUGCAGUGUGCACACCGGCAUAGCUUCAGCUGGGGGUUCGUUUUCCAAAUAAACAAAAGCGCUUGGUAUAUCGACAAAUACAGUAAAAUUCAAGGGCUUAAUUCAGAAAGAGCCAUUGUUGGCGACUUGGCACUUUGGCAGGGGAUUCUUAUCAUUCCCGCGGAGAUGGCAUUUUGUCGCUUUCUCACGCAGAGCAACCCUCCAAUUUCGACUUUAUUAAACCAAAACCACGCCGUUCCCCCAAAUUUCCACAUCGAGUCCCUCGCCGUACACCCCGUCGCCGGCGAAUCAGCCAUGGCCAACUCAGUCCGAGUCGCCGCUGCUCAGAUGACCUCCGUCAACGACCUCGCCGCCAACUUCGCCACUUGCUCUCGUCUCGUCAAGGAAGCAGCUUCAGCUGGGGCCAAAUUGCUUUGUUUUCCAGAGAGCUUCUCGUAUGUGGGUGCCAAAGAUGGGGAUAGUGUCAAGGUGGCAGAAACUUUAGAUGGACCAAUCAUGCAAGGCUAUUGUUCCCUUGCACGGGAAUCAAAUAUUUGGCUGUCACUUGGAGGCUUCCAAGAAAAGGGACAUGAUGAUGCACACAUAUGUAAUACACAUGUUUUAAUUGAUGAUAAUGGAACCGUUAGAAGCACAUACCGGAAGAUGCAUUUGUUUGAUGUGGAUGUUCCUAGUGGGAGGUCAUACAAGGAGAGCAGCUUUACAGAUGCAGGGAAGGACAUUGUUGCGGUAGAUAGCCCCUUUGGACGAUUGGGUCUGACAGUUUGCUAUGAUUUGAGAUUCCCAGACAUUUACCAACAGCUAAGGUUCCAGAACCAAGCACAGGUUCUGUUGGUUCCUUCUGCUUUUACCAAAGUUACUGGGGAAGCACACUGGGAGAUUCUUCUCCGCGCUCGUGCAAUUGAGACUCAAUGUUAUGUCAUAGCUGCUGCACAAGCUGGAAAGCAUAAUGAGAAAAGAGAAAGCUAUGGUGACACCUUGAUAAUUGACCCAUGGGGGAAAAUUGUUGGUCAGCUGCCUGAUCGGCUAUCAACAGGCAUCACUGUAGCUGAUAUUGACUUUUCUUUACUUGAUUCUGUGAGAGCUAAGAUGCCAAUAUGCAAGCAUCGGAAGCCUGCAGAUUUUUGGAAGGCUACAUCUUUAUGAGUCUGAAGGAUAGAGACUUUCAUUUGACUCUUUUAUCCAGGACAUGGCAGUGACUCAGAGCUAUUGUGUAUACUUCUCAUUCAUUAUAAAGGAUUGAGAAACUGUAUUUUAGUACUUGUAUACAACUCUAUUUUUCUUGUGCCGAGUCUCAUUGUCUGUUAAAAUCUGUUGCAUAUUUCUGUAUUCCUAUGUCUUUUUUGGAACCCAAGUAAUUCUUGUCUUUCUUUUCUCAAUAACCAAUGCAAGGUUUCCUUGUUAGUAA